AUGAAGCCGGCGGCCGAGUUGCGUCAGUCGCCUUGCCUCCUCGCAUCGCCUCGCCUCGCCUCGCCUCGCCUGCCGCCAGCGUUACUUCCUCAAGGCUGGCCGGGUACCGGAGUUGCCGGACGAAGUUGUGUUCGUUGUUCGAUUAUUGCCAGCCUCAACUUCGUCCUUCUUCCGUCGUCCAUCGCGCCAUGUGACCAGUUUUUUAACUGUGAAUCGAAACUGGGCGUGGCAUUAGUUUAUCCUGCGGCGGAAAAUCGUGCCACCCGCUCGGUGACGCGACGAUUCGUAGUACGCGACAUAGUACAAGCUGGAUGCGUUGUGGUGCUGGUGCCGGUACUCGACGAGGACGACGACGACGAGGACGACAAAGCGAUGGUCAGCGACACGGACGUCGACGUGAACGUCAAGGACUCGAGCCAGCUGAAGUCGUUGAUGUGGACCGAGUUCUGCGAGGCUUGCGCCAAGUUCGCUGCCUACGACUUCGCUCAGAGCUGGCACAACUAUCUGACCGAAAACCCGUCGACGAUGAACCUGGUCAACGAGCAGAUCGUCGCCGAGAAGUUCGUCGACGCAUUCGUCAGCUACUUCGAAAACGAGGCGAAGCGCAUAUGCCGUAGCUCAAGGCUGCUCAACGAGUCGGUGGCCGUCAACCUCAACGCCGUCCAGCCGAGCGAUCGCCGUUCCCCUAGGUAUUUUUCGGUAUCAUCGUCAUUGUCAUCAAGUUUUAGACCGACUACUUGAUC